GACACAAUACCUCAACCGCAGAAUUACUACAUUGCGUGAUGAUAGCAUCCCAGCAUCAUUCCAAUCGUAUGCUAAAGCUAUCGAGAUUUUGCAGUGUAUGCUCCACGAACGACCACGUCAAAUUCCUAGCUGGAUAGUUCAACCGCGUUAUGCAAAUGUUGUCAUGGCUGUGUACAACUGCAUGGCUCAGACUGUAAUUUUCCGCGCAGUUGGAGAUCAGGACCGAGUGACUAUUAAGUCAUGCGCGCGCCUCUCCACUGAUCAAAUCGAAAUCGAGAUGAGAAACCCAAAAUACCAGCUUGGGCAAGUGGGCCAGAUUCCGACAGAACGAGGAACGACUGCGCCAAGAUGUGACGUGUGCAAGAUGAUGAGAUCCAGCGACGUUGUGUGCAAACCUAACUCAAACGGCGUCUGUAGACGCUGCGUGUCUUUCGGCUUUCCCCGUUGUUCCUGGACACCGGACGUGUUUCAACAAAGCCAGUUAGCCCACGUCAUUCGUGGUAAGUUGUACUCCAAGUGCAGCUGUAUCCCUCUUUGUGUGCCUUAG